UCAAGACGUUCUUGUGGCAGUAAACUAUCCGCUCGGUCCUCUCCACGUGCCCUUUCAUUAGCCUGCUCGUCACCGAUCACACCCGAAGGUCUGUACGCCGUACGAGAUGUCUCCACGGAAAAAAGAUCCGACGAUGGGUAUUACACCCCACCAGAUGCUUCACGUCUUAGUGGCGACAUUCGCACCUCGCUUAUUCCUUCUUUUGAUACGGUGGAAAAGAGUGGCUACUGGAAUCAGAUGUCCGAUUCACGAUUAAAAUCUUUGAAAAGACGAUUUGUAGUGCUCAAAAAUAAUCAACUUAGCUUCUAUAGGACAGCUUUGGUCACCCAAUCGGCAAAAUACCAGUUUAUGACGGACAGCGAGAAAACUACACAUGAAUGGGUGACUACCCUCAAUACUGUGAUCAAAGGAUCGACUAUUCGGGAUUUGGCUACUCGCUGUGCCCCAGUGGAGGCGUCCAUUAGUGGAUGGAUGACAAAAGUCCGCUGCGGACAUUCGAAACGAGUCUAUGCUUCACUGGUCCGUCAAAAGCUGAUGUUCUUCAAAAAUUCGGAAGAUACGGUCCCAUGUGGCUUCACUCAACUGAAAGGAGCUCGUGUUAUGGACAAGCAGAAAACUUCAUCGGAUGAAUAUAGCGGAAGUAGUGAUGAGCAAAACACCGAUAAAAGUCCGCAAAUGCAGAAAAAGGAUACCUACAGCCUUAGCAUAGAGAUGGCUAAUGAGGACCCAUUGUAUAUAGUAUUGAGAAGCAGUGAAGAAAAGGAGAAAUGGCUGUAUUUUCUGCGUGCAGCAAGUGGUGAUGCAACUUUGUGCGGUUCACCAUUCGCUAUUUUGGUGCAACGAAUGUUGGCCGAGGGUGGAGCGCCAGAUUCACCUUUAUGGAAAGAUCUACUACUAACAUCGUGCGAUGACACACCUAAAGAGACGCUCAUGGAUUUUGAUGGCCCUGACAAGAAGAAGGCGCUUGAAAUUGCGAAGGCUACUUACCUCUUCGUCUCGGUGCUAAUGCGUCCGAUUGCUGCUCAAUAUCAUAUUGAUCUCGCACAGAACAUUUUGUCUACUGCUAUGCAGCAUGAAUUUCUACGCAAUGAAGUAUAUGCACAGUUGAUCAAGCUUACCAGCGGCUCUAUGCCUUUUUCAAUCCAGCAUAUCGCUCGAUGGUGCAUGAAAUCCGGUGAUGAAUCCAACAUGGCCGAAUACUGUCAAUGCGCUCUGGAACGAGUUCUUCGUGUUGGUGGAAGGGAAGCGGGACCUAGUCGACUUGAAACAACAUCUGUAUUGACGAGAGAUCCUACAACAACAAAAUUUCCGCAUUCAAUCUCAGUUCGGCUUCCGAAUGCUCAAUAUCAGGUAGUCGAAUUUGAUGGCUCCACGGAAAUCGGCCAAUGCUUGUCGUCGCUAUGCCUAAAGCUGGGCAUUCGACCAGCUUUAUUAUCUGGCUAUGCACUAUACAUCGAUGACCCUACCACUAAAGGUCUACAAUUGUUAAAGGGAAAACAAAAGCUUUGCGACUGCCUCUACGAGUGGGAAGUUCGACAACGAGAUGUGCUCCGCGGAAGAAUCUCAGCUGAUUGCACAGCCACACUUUCUUUGCGAAUGCGACAUUAUUGGAGGCAUUUAAUAUGUAACGAAACAGCUAUGGAGAAAUCGUUUCUCGUUUGGCGAAUGGCUGAGGAGUUGGUCUCUGGCCGAAUCCCUACAAGUCCACAAUUGGCGGAACAAUUGGCUGCUUUAUAUGCACAGGAUGUUAUACGAACAUUCCCCUACAAUCGUCUGGCAUCUUUUGGUGGUUUCCACAAUGAUUUCAUGCUAACUGCGGAAAGAAUGUUGCCUCCGGAGGCUCAUCCUGAAGAAACAAGCCGAGAAAGGGUCACUUUUAGUAUGGAAAAGCACGAAGUUGAACAAUUAACCCUUCAUCUGGCUGAAUACAUUCGUUGUCAGAAACUUGUGUGGAAAGUUUCCAAAUAG